GAAAAUUAUAAUUACUACAGAAAAGUUAAUGAGAGAGAGAGAGAGAGCUGGAAAAAGCUUGAAAUUAUCCACCUAGUUCCUUAUAAUCCACGCUUCUUUUUUUCUCCCAAAAAACCAGUAUUUAGAGGCUUAUGUUCCUGCUUUUCUUCUUAGCACACCACCACCACCAUCACCACCUUUCCAUUUUUCUCCAGUGGAAGCUUUUCUUUUUAUACUUCAUCUCCUUUCUCUCUUCCUUUUUGGGCUUUGAAUUGCUUUCUGUGUUGUGUUUUCUUUGUCUUCUUCUUAUAGUAAGGAUUGGUUUUUCUUUGAAUUGCUUUCAAGAAUUUUAGAGAUUUUUUUUUUUGUGGUUUGGGAAUGGAAAAUAUUUGUAGCUAUAGGAAGGAAGAUGAGCAGAUGGAAAUGGAAUUGCCUCCAGGAUUUCGGUUCCACCCUACUGAUGAAGAGUUGAUAACUCACUAUCUUUCGCAGAAAGUUCUCAACAGCAAGUUCAAUGCUAUAGCCAUUGGUGAGGUUGAUUUGAACAAUUGUGAGCCUUGGGAUUUGCCUGGGAGAGCCAAAAUGGGUGAAAAAGAAUGGUAUUUUUUCUGUGUUAGAGACAGAAAAUACCCUACAGGUUUGAGAACAAACAGGGCUACCGAAUCCGGUUACUGGAAAGCCACAGGCAAAGAUAAAGAGAUUUUCAAGGCUAAAACACUUGUUGGAUUGAAGAAAACUUUGGUUUUCUACAAAGGGAGAGCACCCAAAGGAGAAAAAACCAACUGGAUCAUGCAUGAAUAUCGUUUACAAGGGAAAUAUUCAAUUUACAAUCUCCCCAAAACAGCCAAUAACGAGUGGGUUAUUUGUAGAGUAUUCCAAAAGAGUCCUGGUGGAAAAAAGAUACAUGUUUCAGGAUUUACAAGAUUGACUUCCUUGCCUCCAUUAAUGGAUUCUUCACCACACAACAGUGAAACAAGAACUGGCGGUGGCGAGACAUCUCAAGUGACCUGCUUCUCCAACCCCAUGGAGGACCCGAAAACACCAGAAGUUAUGAUUGAUAGCUUUAACACUUCUCUUUUAGCUUCUUCAUCUUCGUCCCAUAUAUCCCCUAGUCCUGUUCUUUUGUCUAAAACCUCUCUGCAAAACUCUGCAUUCACCAACCAAAUCAUUCCAAACAUUGGAAAUUUGCAAUACUCAGAUUCUUUUUGGUUGCAAGAUCAGUCAAUAUUGAAGAAGAUAUUGCUGGAAAGUCCUGGAGGGGGCUCGAAUCAGAAUUCCACAGGAGAGUUCUCCCAGGAUUCAGUCGUGUCGAACCCUGAAAUGAUUCAAGAUCCUUCAUGUUCUUCAGGACCAGUAGGCCUUGGCUACUACCUCUGGAGUUAUUAAAUUUGAAGAUAGAAAAAACUAAUCAGGAGUUCCAAUUGAAUUAAAAGAUCUUCAAGAAUAUUAUUGUCAUUAAAUUUAUGUAUGUAUUGGUUGCUUGCUUCGUAAUUGUAGGAAAAUAUAAAGAAAAUGCAUCUGUUGUAAGUAGUUAUACUUUGUUAAGGUUUUGAUUGCCAAUCUUUUUUUUUUUUUCUUUUUAGGAUUUCGGCUUCUUGUCAAGUUUCUUUUACAUAAGACUAUUGUAAUUCUAGCCAUGUAAAUUAUAGUAUAUACGAAUCUGGAGAUUGAUUUA